AUGGGAUCUUCUUCCUCUACACCUAAACCUAAAACCAGCACAGUUACCACGGCAGCCCCAGAGACCAGCUCUGCACCUGCAUCCUGUUUCUUCGACCCCACAAAGGAGCAUUUAAUCUUGGCCUUUUUUGCUGGGGUUCUGCUGACACUGCUUCUCGUGGCCCUUAUCUUCGUCGUCAUCAAGAGCUGCAGAAAAAGUUACUCCAGGGCCCAGGCCCAGGACCCCGUCUCAGAGCCUCCCAUUAAGCUGUCAUCUGUAUCAAAGGAGUCGCUCACCUAUGCCAGCAUGACUUUCAAGCCCUCAGAAGAAAACAGCAAUGACGUGACUGGAAACCAUUCUGCAGGCUUGGACCCCACUGUCUAUGCUCAGAUUAAAGUGGCAGGCCCACACCUGCCUCUGCAAUGAGGCAGAAUGCAGGACCUCAGCUCAGCUCCAGCUACAUGUUGCUUUCUGCCUUUGUCUUGUAUGUGUGUUUUUGUUGUUUGUUUCCUACCAACUUAGGAGCACAGCCUAUGUACAACUGCAAUCAGAGCUGUUGAGGCUUGAUCUGGAAUGCUGUCA